GGGCGGCCAUGACAAUCUGAAUGACGUUGUAACUCUGACAUUUCUCGUCAUAAUGUAGGUUGGGAAGAUCACACGUUCUCGCCGAGGUGCUGGGACUCCCUAGGCACCUCAUUUUCCUCCCGGAGCGCGGCGCAGAGGAGCAUUAAGACUGUUCCAAGAUGAUGCAGGAUGUGUUAGAAACUAAUGAUCCCAUCUCACAGCCAGGGCUGAUCCAGAGAUUAGGAACAAGCAUUAGCAGGCUAUACCAACAUUAUUUGGACAAAUGGACACCACACACAGCGUCACGAUGGGUCUUCACGUUGGUAUUGAUUGCUGGGUUCUUGUUACGAAUUAUGUUGAGGCAAGGAUGGUACAUUGUCUGCUAUGCCUUGGGGAUCUACCACUUAAACCUGUUCCUUGCCUUCCUAACUCCAAAGAUUGAUCCAGCAUUUGCACAAGAAGAGGAUGAUGGACCAAGUCUCCCCACGAAAGCAAAUGAGGAGUUCCGUCCAUUCAUGCGACGACUUCCCGAAUUCAAGUUUUGGUACAGUGUGACCAAGUCAACUUUAAUUGCCUUCACCUGCACCUUCUUUCAGCUGUUUAAUGUCCCGGUCUUCUGGCCUAUCUUAGUUAUGUACUUCUUAACCUUAUUUGGCAUUACCAUGAAGAGACAGAUACGGCACAUGAUCAAGUACAAGUAUUUGCCGUUUUCAAUCGGCAAGCCUCGCUACCAGUCUCAAGAGAAUAACAAACCUGCAGCCCCCCACUGACCCCACCAUACCCAGCACCCCAAGUCAAUGUGGUACCUGCCGUUCUUCCUGGGCAAGCUGCCGGACAAGUGAUAGGAGUGUGUGCUCUGCGCUACGAAACAACUGGAUGUCUCUUACUCCUCUGCUGAUACUGUGCGAUAGGCUUCCCACCUACCACCCUAUUUGA